UUUUUUUUUUUUUCUUCCUCCUCACUUUUUUUUAUUGUUGUUCGUUUUGCGACUUUUCAUUGAAUACUAUGGUCAAAACAACUAUUAUUGCUCGGGUAUCGGAUGGUUUACCGUUAGCAGCGAGUAUGGAUGAUGAACAGGUGGAAAUGGAAUUGGCCGAAUACAAAGGACAAGCUAAAUCUAUUUUUAAACGACUCAAUACGAACUCUGAACCAAGAUGUUCUAUUGAAUCUGGGAAUUAUAUCUUUCAUUAUAUCAUAGAAGGUAGUGUUUGUUAUCUUUGUAUAUGCGAUAAAUCAUACCCACGCAAACUGGCCUUUAGCUACUUGGAGGAACUUGCUAAAGAAUUCAAUAUGAGUUAUGGCAAUGAAGUGGAUAGACCUGGAUUACGACCUUAUGCUUUUGUCAAAUUUGAUACAUUCAUGCAAAAAACGAAAAAGAUAUACCAAGAUACUCGAACCCAAAGCAAUUUGACAAAACUGAAUGAAGACUUACAAGAUGUGACCCGUAUUAUGACCAAAAAUAUGGAAGAUCUUUUAUGGAGAGGCGAUAGUUUGGAUAAAAUGAGCCAUAUUUCUGGUGAAUUGAAAGACAGCGCCAAAAUGUUCAAGGAUAAGGCUCGUCAUCUCAAUCUUCAAGCAUUGUAUCGAAAGUAUGGACCACCUGUUAUUAUUGGUUUAGUUAUUUUAACUGUUAUCUUAGUACGUUAUUAUUACUUCUAAUCUUUUAUAUAUAAAUAUAUAAAUAUGAAUAAAAAACAAACAUGAUUUUUUUUUCUUUAAAAA